AUGGAGCAGGCGGCAGUGGUACCAGCAGCUCGGGAAUGCUCAGAGGAUGUGCCCGUGGAGGAGUCCAGCUUUGGACGGGGACCCGUUUCUGCCCGCAGUGGGCCCUCCGCUGGGACAGCCUCUUUGUCUGGGCAGCUCUGGCCUCGCCUUUGGUUUCCCCUUGGCCACAUCCGCCCAGAGGGAGCUGGUGCCUCAGAGGGCCCAGCGCGGCCAGCGGCCUGUGCGCGCCAGACAGCGCAGGCACCCCCGCCCCACCCUCUGGUGCUCAUUGGGAGGCCAAGGCAGACAGCGGCGCCUUCUGCUCGAAUUCCCUUCUCCGGGCUCACCCAGCCGGACACUGGCAGGUUGGGACUCCUCUCCUGUCUGAGUGAAGAUGUGGACACGCUGGCCAUUGCAGAGAGGCCGUCGGGAGACACUGUGUCUCGGCCCCGGGAACCCCGGGACGUCGGAGCUAGAAGAGGGUUCCCUUCGGGGGCAUGCGGCUGGCCCCUCCAUCCUGGAGGUCAGUGUCUUGUUUUACAGGUGAAGUGGAUGCUGACGGCUGGAUGCCCAGGGAGGGUGCGGCAGGAUUUGAAUCCAGGCCCUUGCCCUCACUGCUCCCUCUGCAAGGAGUCGGCUCCUGGUUCUGGGCUGGUGUUGGUGGCUCCCGGGCUGGCAUCUGACUGACCUUCUCUGACCCCAGGUUUUGGCCCUGUGUCUUCCGUCUGCUUCCCGCUCGCAUCGGGAUGAGAAACGGGGGUUUAAUAAACAGGUUUUAAAUGAG